AUGUCUAAUUACGGGAAUUAUUCUGAGCAAUACAGAAAUCCGUAUCCACUGGCACCGGGCACGUAUGAACAACCGAUUCCGCAUCCUCCACAGAACUCGUAUCCGCCACCCAACCCAUCAGGGCCCUCGACGUUUCUUGACAUAGAGCCUGAGACUGUAAUUGACGAGAAAAAAUUUCACUAUGGCCAACCUCCCGCAUAUCAACCACGUCGUUAUAAGACUAAAAAGCGUGUAAAACUCCAUAGAGGAAACUAUGUGACAGAAUGUCCCGUGCCCACGAAUUUCAGGCAAUCGAUUCCUAGAAAAGAUGAGAAAGAAUUUGCGUAUAUGAGAUAUACUGCUUGUACAUGUAAACCUGAUGAAUUCGAGAAAAAAGGUUAUACACUUCGUCAAAGCGAAUUCGACCCACCAAGAUCAACAGAAUUGUUUAUAGUGUUAACUAUGUUUAAUGAAAACGAGUUGGAUUUUGCUCGCACCUUCCACGGCGUCGUGAAAAAUAUCACUCACCUUUGCUCUCGUGAUCGCUCUCGAGUUUGGGGUAAAGAUGGAUGGAAAAAGGUUGUAGUGUGUAUUGUAUCUGAUGGUCGAGAAUUUAUCGAUCGACGUACAUUGGCUUACUUGGCAGCUAUCGGCGUUUACCAAGACGGGGUUGCAAAAAGUAAUUAUGAAGUUAUGAGGAGUGACGGUACGGUAGAGAAUAGGAAGGUUACAGCUCAUAUAUAUGAGUAUACAACUCAAGUUUCAAUUAACUCGAAUAUGGAAUUUGAAAAAGAAAACAUCGUUCCUAUUCAAGUUCUCUUUUGUCUAAAAGAAGAGAAUGCUAAAAAGAUUAACUCGCAUCGUUGGUUUUUCAAUGCCUUUGGAAAGAUCCUAAAACCUAACGUAUGCGUUCUUCUUGAUGUCGGCACCAAGCCUGGUAGCAUGUCAAUAUAUCAUUUAUGGAAAGCUUUUGACAUUAAUUCCAAUAUAGCCGGUGCUUGUGGUGAAAUUAUCGCAAUGAAGGGUACUGCUGGUGUUAAUCUUCUCAACCCGAUAGUGGCUGCUCAAAACUUUGAGUACAAGAUGUCCAAUAUUUUAGAUAAACCCCUUGAAUCUGUUAUGGGAUAUAUUACCGUUUUACCCGGGGCCUUUUCUGCCUACCGUUACACUGCCUUACAAAAUAAUGAUGAUGGCAAAGGUCCGUUAAACUCUUAUUUCCUGUGCGAGGUAGAGGAAGACGAGGAAGGUGACGAAGAGAAUAGUGAAAAAAGUGAAAAAAAAAAAGUGGACAAGGAUGAUCUGUUUACCGCAAAUAUGUACCUCGCGGAAGAUCGUAUUCUAUGCUUUGAACUGGUGACCAAGAGAAACAAUGCUUUCGUAUUGCAUUAUGUCAAAUCUGCCUAUGCAGAAACUGAUGUACCAGAUGAUGUAGCAGGAUUGAUAAAACAAAGACGACGCUGGUUAAAUGGUUCUUAUUUUGCCAGUUUAUACGCAUUACGGCAUUCUCUUGCUAUUUGGCGAAGUGGUCAUAGUCCGAUUCGAAAAUUUGUCUUAUUUGUGGAAAUGCUCUAUCAACUAUACAACCUACUUUUCACAUGGUUUGGUCUGGCCAAUUUUUAUUUGACCUUUUACAUCCUGGGUGUUUCUCUCACUAGUUUAGGAGUAUCCCCAGAUGCUCUGCUCCAGGUCUUAUCUAUUAUAUAUAUAAUACUGAUUAUCGUUCAGGUAAUUCUGGCCAUGGGAAAUAAACCCCAAAGUUCCAAAUGGGCCUAUAUAAUUUCUAUAAUAUUCUUUGCGCUUAUCAUGCUUUACAUGUUAUUUGCGGCCGGUUGGAUCACAUACAAGGGUGUCGCUUUGCAACUGGAUAGUCACAAGGACCAAAUUACUGGUGCCAAUGUGUCGACUGCGAACGCCUUAUUGGGAGAUCAAUAUUUCCGAAACAUCGUCCUCUCUGUGAUUUGUACAUAUGGAUUAUAUUUCGUUUCAAGUUUUCUAUUUUUAGAGCCAUGGCACAUGUUUACCAGCAUGAUUCAAUAUUUGUUUUUGAUUCCAUUUUACGUCAACGUCCUGACCAUUUACGCUUUCUGUAACGUGCAUGAUGUCACUUGGGGUACGAGAGAGGCCAAGUCAGCUCUGGGAUCUGGAAAAGUUGUCCAAGAGGACAAUUCUUCCAGUUUAGAAGUGGAAGUUGAAGCACCCGUUGAAGAAACAGAUAUUAAUGAAACAUUCGACGAAGCCGUUAAUGUAUUGAAACAUCCAAGAAUCAAGUACCCAACCUUCCGUUCGUCCAAAGAAAAGAAGGAAGAUAAAGUUCGAGCAUUCCGUACGCGUUUUGUGCUUGCCUGGCUUAUUACCAAUGUCGCGUUUGUCUUUGGUAUUCAAAGAUUACCUCAAGAGACGAUAAAUAAUACAUAUGUGGCUUUCAUCUUGUGGUCUGUAGCCGGGUUAGCUGCAUUUAGAUUCUUUGGUAGUUGCAUAUUUUUGUUAUUUAGAUUGUUCACCGGCAAUUAG